CCGAGACACCGACGACUGCCGAAGCUAUUUACAAGAGGAGGGGCAGAGUGUUUGCAUUCGUCAGCACAUCAGAAGCCGAUUGGAGCGACAUCGGUAGCUCCCAUGCUCUCAUGGCCCACUGGUGGUUGACGUGCUUGAGCUUGCAGCUGUCGACAUUUGACACUCGCAACGAGGAACUUUAUAAAGAGAAGCAACGUUGGCUGUCAUGACUCUUUUAUCGAAACAACACCAGCUUUUGAGCAACACAAAUCAAAUCCGCCGGCAUGCCUACAGAAUUCAUAUCUCUAGCGUUCCCCAACGCUUCCACGGAAUUGGAGCCCAUCCUGGGCGCACCCAUCGACCCUGACUUCCUGAAGAGAUACGCUCAAAAUCUGGAUGAUUAUGGCUUCAACUAUACCCUCCAGCCUUAUGACUCAUCAUACUUCGACCCUUUUACAACCGGUGCUACCAUUGCCACCCACACCAAAAACCUCAAGGUCAUCAUUGCACUUCGGCCCAACACAGUCUACCCGACAGUAGCGGCCAAGUCUCUAGCAACUCUUGACCAGCUCUCCAAAGGCCGCGCAGUCGUCCACUUCAUCGCCGGUGGCAGCGACGUCGAGCAGGCCAGGGAAGGCGACUUCCUAGGCAAAGAUGAGCGCUACGGUCGUCUCGAAGAGUACAUCAAGAUCCUCAAGCGCGCAUGGGAGUCCCCGGAGCCCUUCGACUGGGAAGGUAAAUAUUACCAAUUCAAGCAAUUCAGCAACCGCGUUCGGCCAGUCAAUGGCAAGAGCAUCCCGAUUUCAGUCGGUGGCAGCAGUGACGAAGCGUAUCGCAUUGGUGGUUCGCUGGCCGACAUCUUUGGCCUAUGGGGUGAGCCGUUGAAGGAGACGAAGCAGCAGAUUGACAGGAUUUACGCCGAGGCUGAGAAGGCUGGAAGGACGGAUAAGCCGCGGAUUUGGGUCACUUUCAGGCCCAUCGUGGCGGAGACUGAGGAGUUGGCGUGGCAGAAGGCACACAAGACACUCGAGGCACUGCAGACGCACCGUGUCGCUGGCCUGGGCAAGGUGCCUGCCAAUGCUCCCGCGCCACAGAACGUUGGUAGCCAGAGACUGCUCGAUAUCGCGAAGAAGGGCGAGGUCCAAGACAGGGCCUUGUGGUAUCCUACUGUCACAGCGACGAAUGCAAGAGGAGCUUCGACUGCGCUGGUAGGAAGCUACCAAACUGUUAUCGAUUCGAUUCUGGACUAUGUCGACCUUGGUUGCGAACUCAUCUCCAUCCGUGGGUACGACAAUCUCAAUGAUGCGAUUGAUUACGGAAGGUACAUCCUGCCGGGUGUAAGGAAAGAGUUGGAGAAGAGGGAAGGUGCGACUCGGAACGGAAAUGGCAUCGUGAACAAGGUUGCUGAGGCUGUCGAGGGUGUGACGGUGCGCGACGGCUAGACAUGAUUUUGGAGUUAAGUGAAGCCACACGAACUGUGUCCUAACCAUUUUUGCACGAUCGGGUUGGCGAGGUCCAGUUCUACCCCCUAUCAUUUCAUGAAUCUGUCACAGAAUCUUCACUUACAACCUUUCAGACUUGUCUCUCGUGACUCAGCUGUAUAAAGUGGUCCGCAG